AUGACAGUAGACAUCGCUAGCAAUGAAGAUCGAAGAAUCACCAGAAUCUUUAUAGUAAGGCAUGGACAAACCGAUCAUAAUGUUCAAAAAAUAUUACAAGGACAUUUAGAUACAAAUCUAAAUCAAACUGGACAAAUUCAAGCUGAAAAAGUAGGUAAAUAUCUUUCAACAUUACCUAUUGAUUAUUUCUUAUCUUCGGAUUUGUCAAGAUGUAGACAGACACUAGAUCAAAUUCUUGUACACCAGGAAGUGACGGGUAAUAAUAUAAGAUAUACACCAAAUUUAAGAGAACGAGAUAUGGGGAUUGCUGAAGGAAUGUAUCUUAAAGAUGCACUUGCACAAUAUGGACAAGGAUUCCGUAAUUUAGGUGAGAAGGAACAUGAAUUAGUUAAAAGAGUUGAAAGCGAAUGGGAUAGUUUAUUAAAAUUGAAUCAUAAGAAUGUUUUGGUAUGUACUCAUGGAGGUGUAAUUACAAGAUUUAUUAAUCAUUUAUAUGUUGAUAGGAAAUAUGAAUUACAUGAAUCCAUAACUCAACUGGAUUUAAAAGUACCGUUUAAUACUUCGAUUUCAGUUAUAGAUUAUGAUAAUGAAACUGGUUUGGGGAAAAUUCAAACCUUUGGUAAUACUUUACAUUUAGGUGGAAAUUUUGAAGUUAAAGAUCAACAAUUGAGAUAG